AUGGAGGGGGUCCUGUACAAGUGGACCAACUAUCUAGCAGGUUGGCAGCCUCGGUGGUUUGUUUUAGACAAUGGGAUAUUGUCAUAUUAUGAUUCCCAGGAUGAUGUUUGCAAAGGCAGCAAAGGAAGUAUAAAGAUGGCUGUGUGUGAAAUAAAAGUUCAUGCAACAGACAACACAAGAAUGGAGCUAAUCAUCCCAGGGGAGCAGCAUUUCUAUAUGAAAGCAGUUAAUGCAGCUGAAAGGCAAAGAUGGCUGGUAGCACUGGGGAGUGCAAAAGCCUGUUUAGCAGAUACCAGAACAAAAAAAGAAAAAGAAAUAAGUGAAACCAAUGAAUCUCUUAAAACCAAAAUGUCCGAACUUCGUCUCUACUGUGAUCUUUUAAUGCAGCAAGUUCAUACAAUACAAGAAUUUGUUCAGCAUGAUGAGACUCGCUCUCCUUCCAGCAUUGAGAACAUGAAUGAAGCCUCUUCCUUGCUUAGUGCCACAUGUAAUACAUUUAUCACAACACUUGAAGAAUGUGUGAAGAUUGCUAAUGCCAAGUUUAAACCAGAAAUGUUCCAGCUGCCUCACCCUGAUCCCUUGGUUUCUCCUGUGUCACCAUCACCUAUUCAAAUGAUGAAGCGUUCCAUUAGCCACCCUGGUCCUUGCUAUUCAGAAAGGAUUAAUCACUCUGUAAAAGAACCAGGUUCAUCUCUUCACCGAUUUUCUCAGCGGCGCAGAAGAACAUACUCGGAUACAGAAUCUUACAGUGAUACACUUUCUGAAGAUUCUCAGAGAUCUGCUCAUUGUUCUAGAAGUGUUGUCAAUGGAGAUCUGGUAUCAUCAACCAUUCCUGAAGAAAGUAAAUCAGUGUCAAAGGAAAGAUCUGAACUGGAAGAGGCUCUUUCAUCCUUUUCCUCCUAAAGCAACUGAAAGUAUUAAAUUUUCUAUAAAUAACGCUAUGCAAAUGCUGCUGUAAUUAUACUGUUGUUAUAGGAAGUAGUUAUUUCCCUUUUUAGAAGGAUUUCUCUGCACUUUAUAGAAUAACAUAAAUACUAUCUUUGAAGUGUAUUUUAUCUUUCUAUAGUUUAUUUGCAAGAGUAUUUUCCUAAUAUUUCACAGUUUGAAUGUGCAUUUUUUGGAACAAAUGAUGGCUUUAACAGAUAAGCAUCCACAUUUGUAAAUGCAGCUCUUUUUAAAGUGUGGAGGUCUGACCAAUACGUUAGUAAACAAACAUUAUAAACUUCAGCGAAAAGUUUUCAUUUUUUUGGAGAAAAUGCAACUUGUGCCAUGGGCCUCUUGGUCAUUUGUACCAGUUCAUCCACCUGGAGCUGUGAUAGCCCCACAAUGGCUUUUUUUUUUUGCCAGUGUAAGGGCUGAGGGAAUGGGCACUAAUGGCUCUGCUCCAGCAGCUUGACGGUAAUCGACAUUGCCGCCUUUAAAAACACAAGGAUAUACAUUAUCCAGUCCUUAUUUUUAGGCAAUGAAAGUAGAAAUAUGUAGUGUAUUUUUCUAAACAAAUGUAUAAAAAUAACUUAAUACGAAGUAUUUGUACCAAACCUGGGAUAUUUAAUAGUUUUUAUUUAUUUAUUCUUUUUUGCAUCAAAAAUUUCUACCUACUUUCACUACUAAAGGUCUAAAGAUCUACUAAAAAGCUUCAAAAUGUGUAUAAAUUGUUUCUGGGGUGUGUAACAUUGCAAGUUAUUAAUACAGUACUGUUAAGAUUUAAUCUGCUUACUUAAGAUAUGUUUUUAGCAAAGUACGAUUAAAAACAAGAGCUGAAACAUUAGUCU